AUGGCGUGUGAUCGAUUCUUCGGUGAUCCUUAUGACUCAGACAAUUGGGUAAACGGAGGCUUCACUUACGUGAAAUCAAACCACAGAAGCAUUGAGUUCUACAAGUUUUGGUACAAAUCUCGUCUAGAUUAUCCAGAGUUACAUGACCAAGAUGUGUUCAACAAGAUCAAACACGAGGCUAUAGUCUCAGAGAUUGGGAUCCAGAUGAGAUUCUUUGACACGGUUUACUUUGGUGGGUUUUGUCAGACGAGCAGAGACAUAAACUUGGUGUGUACGAUGCAUGCUAAUUGUUGUAUUGGAUUAGAGAAGAAGCUUCAUGAUCUUAAUCUCGUUCUUGAUGACUGGAGAAAGUAUUUGUCUUUAUCUGAACAAGUUAAGAAUAUGACUUGGAGUGUUCCUAUGAAGUGUUUAUGA